AAAAAUAAUAAGUUAUUCAGUUCAGCUAAUUCAGCUGUUACAAUUCAAAGUUGCAAACAGAGGCGUGACUUCGAAAAGUAAAUAAAUAGCCAGGACAAACUGCAAAGAGCGACUCUGUCUGACUGAUGGACCGGCCCGAUUCACCCAUCCGUGCAAGAUAAUAAAUAACACCCAAAAAAAAUUAAUCAAGAAAAAUAACACCAAAAAAAGAUUAAAAAAAAACAAAAACAAAAACUGCAAAACAAAGGGGAUAAAUUCAGAUAUGCAAUAUGGUUACAGGGUCACAGAAUGGCAGCCAAGCAAAUAUUGAAAGCAGGAGAGAGAGAGAGAGACUCUUCUAUCUCCUAUUCCUAUCCUAUGCGUGUGUGACUCUGAAUCUCUGAUGAGAUUAGAGAAUCGUAUAUGCUAAGCUUGUCAGUGCGAAUUCGCAGGGCCGAAAGCUAGAAACUUUAUUCGAAAACCUUGCUCUUUGGGUAUUCUUCCUGAUCUUCUCUCAUUUUAAUUUUUUAAAUGCGUCUCUCUUCAAAACCCAUUGCGAGCCCAGGUCGAGCAGAUAAGUUCCCACCUCCAUUGACGAGGUUUGGCAGAAACAAUGGAGGAAACAGAAGUAGAGGGAGGGCUCGAGCCAGCCCCAUGUUCGUCAGAAAGAAGAACGAUGCCGUUGAAACCCAGGAACCCUCUUCGCCCAAGGUCACUUGCAUGGGACAAGUUCGCGUCAGAAGAUCCAAGCAAGCUGCGGCUAAGGCUGGCUUCACUAAGGCCGCAACUAGUCCCAAAUGCAGCUGCCUGUGGAUCCGGGAGGCUCUGUUUUGUAACCGUUCCGCUAAAAAGCCGAAACCCAGGGCAUCUGGUUCAGUUUGGCGAAGAUGGCUUUUGUUUAUCCAAUUAGGUUAUCGGAAGAAGGUCGAAGUCGUCGAAAACCCCGCAAGGAGAGAACCCGAACCAGAAUAUACAGAAGAAGAGUCUGACUCAGAAGAAGAGGACGAAGAAGCCAAGGUAUUUCUCUCUUCUUCCCCGCCGAAGAACGCUUUGCUGCUUAUGAGAUGUAGAUCCGAUCCGUACCGAUCUUCCUCACUGGCUAGUCGCUUCUGGGGUUCGCCCUCUGCAGCUGAGAAUGCAGAAGAAAAGACAGAGCACGGCCUGAGAGGCUCUGCCUCUGCCGAAGAAGGAGAAGAGGAGGAGGAACCCAAUUUAGACAAAGGGCCCACUUGCAGAGAUUCGGCUGCAGAAUCAAGAAUGGAUCCAGAAACCGAGGAAAAGUUGGGUUUUGGAGAAGGGUUAGAAAGUUCAAGUAAUGCAAGAACCAGAAGCACCACCAAGAGCGAAGAGGAAACAUCGAAAACGAUAGGAGGUCCAGCUCGGCCUCUGAUACUAACGAGGUGUAAAUCCGAGCCGGCGAGAAGAUCGGGGAAGCUCGAUCCAGAGAACCAUUUCUGGAAGAAGAGAAGGUUGCGUCCGGGUGAGCGAUUUGCACCGCAAGUUUGAAACUGAUUUUAUUUUCUAUCUUGUCUACUUCUCUGCUUUUGUCACUAAAUCGAACAUCUCCUCUCCCUGUCUCUCUCACUCUUCUCUUUCCAUAUUUAAUUUUAAUUUGUUUUCUUUUUUUUUCUUGCUUUCUAUAUGUACGAGAGAAUCUCUAUGUCAACAGUAAUAUAUAAGAAUUUAGCUAAAGUUGGUCGUA